AUGGACGACACCACGACUUUUGUUCCCACCGACGACGACGACUACUCGCACUUUGACGACGGCUCCGUGGAAUGGAAGGCUUGCAGAGAGCGAGACAGGCUCGCUGCAAUUGCGCUCGAUGAGAUGUUCGAUGCUCAGAAGCAAGGCGGUGAGACGUGGCUCGCGUGGUUGGAGAAGCAUAGGGGUCGCGAGGUACGAGCAGAAGUGGAGACAAAGCGGCGAUUAUGUCAGGAGGAGCAGGAUCGCUACUGCCAGUGGAAAGACUGGAUCUCUUUGCAGCGCGAGCUUCAAGACAAGGAGUAUUGUGCCAUACCGGUCGACUUUCGCACGCCGUUGAAGCAAUGGGAGCUUGAAUGGAAUCAACUCUCUUGGCAGGCGGAGGAGGCUUACAGGCAGCGUUGCAACGAUAUCUGGAGUGGGAAGUACCGUGGUGAAGGGGGCGAGACUGUCCAAGGCAACGAAGCGGCCGACGACACAGUUUUGAAGCCACUGGAGUUGGCAGAGUCAAGCGAAUCCACUGAAACUCUGCCAAACGACUCAGUCGUUGAGCUACCGAAGCUCGAUCUGCCUGAUUCCUCGCCACCUCUCGAUGAUCAGAGCGACGAGGGAGCGAACGCUGACCAGGCCAAUGAAGCGGCCGACGACACACUUCCAGAACCAGAGAGGCUGACAGAGUCAAGCGAUUCACCUAAAGCUCUAAGAAACGAUUCAGUCGUUGAGCUUCCGAAGCUCGACCAGUCUGAUCUCUCGCCGUUCAUCGAUGAUCAGAGCAACACGGAGUUCCCAUCGCUCCCUUCCCCUGCCGUCACUCCCAACGACAAAUCGGACUCUCCUCACCCGAAGUCUCUCUACAGGACGCCGAAUCCGAUCAUUCUGGUGUCUCCACCUCUGCCUGCAGAGAGAACAAUCUCGAAGGGGGAGACGUCUACGAUACAGACAGCACGGCAGCUCCAACCUGCAAGCUACACCGCAGCUCACAGGGGUAGGGACGAUCUUGCUGGCCCCCGAACGAUGGUUCAGAAGAAGCGUCCUGCGGCCAAAUCUCUGAAAGCUGCAAAGCAGCAGAUUAAGGAGAUAUCUACUCUUGGUGCCACGGCUCAGGUUGAUACCCCGGAGAAGAAACAGGAGAAGGUGAAGCAGCCCGUGAAGAAGGACUACACCGAUCCUCCUCAGCCUGUCUCCACGCCAAAGAAGCCGAAGAAGCCAAUGACAGAUGUUGUCGCCACUCCUGCUCCUGUCGUCGUCUCGGGGCCAAUCUCUGGUCGGAAGCGCAAGGUGAAGAGCUUCACGAGUUCCCAGAAGCCACCAGCUCCGCAGCUCUCCGUUCAAGCGAGCAGCUCGGGGGCAGCAAGUGCGGCGACACCAACAUGUCCUGCUCUCGCACCAGAGACAGAGGCAGAGAAGACAAAGGUCGAUGUCUCUGGCGCCAUGGAGCAGUCUGAGAGAGUUGAGGUGGCUGCGGAGAGAAAUGUGGCAGGCGAAGGAAGCGGAGAGAUGUGGCAAGUCAUCAUGGCGCCCAAGAGAAAGGCGGAAGAAGACAUCGACUACAGUCAAAGACCACUAUGCAAGCAUCGCUGCAAUAGAAAAGACACAUGUGGACAUGGCGGUUGCUGCAGAGAACAUGUUCGUAGAGCUGCUGCAGCGCUCAACGCGCAGCCAACACAAGAUCCUGGCGAGGCAGAUGCUCCCGAACCAGCGACGGCUGCAAGAGAGCCAGAGGAAGCGCGAACCCAAUCUCCCGAUAAUACGAAUGCUGGAGGACAGCAGACUUCUGAACAGGAGAUCGCGGCGACGGCACCCGAGGCACAACCUGCGCAGUCUCCAGAGAAUGCGAAUGGCGGAGGAGAGCAACAGGCUAUAGAUGGAGAUUCCACAGACGAACAGGCUGAAGCAAAUGGGCCAAAUGCUGCACCUGCUCCCGAGGAUUCGAGUUUGAGGUUUUCCGUCCAGAUCAAUAACACGGGUCCACUCGAAAGACCCUCUCCCAUGAGAGACCAGUCUAAUCAUCCGGAAUACGCGCUUAACAUGCAGUCCUAUGCGCAGUCACGAUCAGUCACUCCAGGGAAUUACAGAACACCGCAGAGGUACCUCUGCAAUAUUUCCGGCUGCAAGGAGGUCCUCAGAUUGACGGAAUUGCGCGAUGAAAUCCUGCUGUACCUCCCACCACAGGACCUGCUUCGGUAUCGUCGCGUUUGCAAAGAAUGGAAGAACACUAUCGACUACGUACCCAGGCCAGUGUAUGGUGCUCAGGCCAGGCAGCCCAAAUCUUUGUUCAAGAGAGCUAUGUUUCUGGAGGCGGACGACGAAUACCUGCCACCGAGGCCAAUUCACCAGCGAGACAUCGACAGAACGAUGAAGUUCAUGAGGAAGGAUUUUGAAGCAGUGAGAGAGGAGGUACCCUACGUGGAGCGAGCCACACACCUGUCAGAGACGAUGGGCAUUGAUUUACGGAAGCCUGAGGACAUACCAUGGUUGAAUAAGUUCAACAACUUCGCCCAGCGAGCCGUUGACGCUGAUAUCGAGGCCCUCAUCAAACAAACUACACCUCCACGCGUAGCUAUCAAUCCCGCACUUUUCCGUCUCGAAGGGCGGCCAACUGUGACAAAGCGCCGUGACAACAAGAAUUCCACAGAUCCAAAUCGCCCUCUGGCAAAAUUUCGGGGCCGCCGAGCGCACUUUCUCGUCAACCCGAUGAUUGAGCUCGAUGCAACGGACAAGAGGCUGAACAUGUUCAUCACUCAGCCGCCUACCAAGAAAGUCGCUCUACGAUGGGAACUGAAUCGUAUGUUGUUUCCCACUCGAGAGUUCCCAAUGGACUUCGAACAAGUGGAGGGCAGCACCUGGGAAGGCGGCCUUGCAGGGAGCGAACGAUACAUAGAGCGCGAACAGGGAAUACGCUAUCGCGACGUGAUCAGACUCGUCGAACUUGCAGCGGAAAGCUCACCUUGGGCGUGGGAAGAGGAGCAAGAAGAGAUUAGCCCAUGGCACACUGACCUGUUCCGCACAUAUAUCCUUACGGAUCCGGAAGUUGACGUGAGCUACUCACAAUGCUGGGGCACCAGACUUCCGCGUGACGGAAGUGACUUUGAGCCCGAAUGGCUCUACAGCUGGAAUCUCUUCCGUCGAAAUGACAGAAACUGGGGACACUAUCUCCGCUAUCAUUGGGUUAUGAAAUUCGGCGAAGAUCCGCAAUAUCCUGGGGGCAAGACCGACAAUCAGAAUGACAGGAAGAACGAUAUGAGCAGGGAUGACUAUCGGAAGCUCCAGAGAUUGAGAGACAAGAGAGGGACAGAUAGGCCCCAUGUGUAUCGUCCGGAAUGGCUGGAGUGGCUUGAACGCUGGGGAGGAGAUAACAAGGAUCCGGGGCCGGGGGAUCGACGCAGUCGAAGCAGUGAGUACACUUUCUACAGGCUGCAUCUUGAACUUGAAAUACCCGAUCAAGACGCGCGAUUGGAGAGAGAGUUCUGGGAAGAGAGGAAGUUGGCGUACGAUGAGGACGUGUCGGAUGAUGAGGUGGAUGAAGAAUAUGGCGGUACUGAGUGGAAGCGGCGUUGA